UGAACAAAAAUAAGAGGUUAUGUUCAUCUAGAAAAUAUUUUGCAACCACUUUCAUAUUUAAGAAAUGCCAAAAAAAUUUGUUGGUGAAAAUAGCAAGGCUGUAGUUGCUAAAGCUCGUAAAGCGGCAGCUAAAGAUGCUGAAAAUGCGAAGAAACAAAAAGAAAUUGAAGAUAGUUUAUGGAAAGAUGAUGAUAAAAAUUUAGUAAAAAAACAACAAAGAAAAGAAGCUGAAGAGCUGAAGAAACAGCAACUAUUACAAAAGAAAGCUGAAGCAAAAGCUUUGUUGGAAAAAGAAAUGGCAUCAAUAAAAGUAACCAAUGGAAAGCAACCAAUUGCGAAAAUAACUCGAGCUCAAAUUGAAGCUGAAAAUGAAAAAAGACAACGAGCAGCUGAAGCUGCUUCAGUUAAAAAACAACCUGUUACACAUAUUGAAAUGCCAUUAGAAGAAAAUAUAAAUCGUUUAACUUUAGAUAGUGAAGUAGCUACAAAUGUGGAUGAGGCUAUAAAUUUAUUAAGUUCAGCACAAUUAGCUGAAGAUAAACAUCCUGAGAAACGAAUGAAAGCAGCAUUUACAGCAUUUGAAGAACGUAUGAUGCCUGAAUUAAAAGCACAAAAUCCUACACUUCGUUUGUCGCAAUUAAAACAAUUACUACGGAAAGAAUGGCAAAAAUCGCCAGAAAAUCCAUUAAACCAAAGGUUAAAAUCAUGAACAGUAAUUUUUGUUUGUACAUUGAAGAAUAUAAUUAUUGGAUAUUUCAUUUGAAUAAAGUGAUAAGAUAAUGAUCAACUA